AUGUCGUUGGAUGAUGACGUUCCUAUUGUGCUACCCGAAGAUGAUGACUUUAGUGCUGUGGAACGAAAUAGUCGAAGCUUGUUGGGUAGAUUCCUCAACCCUCCGUGUCAGAAUAUGGCGAGAAUGCUUCGCCAGAUGCCGAAGAUAUGGAAGGUCUACGACCGGGUCCGUGGUAUUGCCUUGACGAAGGAGAACUUUCAGUUCAUCUUUGAACUGGAAUCAGAUCUACUAACGGUGCUGAAACAAGGCUUUUGGACUUUCGAUGAUUGGGGGAUGGCGCUCGAUCGUUGGGUGGAAUGCCCUCCUAGCAACUUCCUGCAAACUGCGCCAGUAUGGAUAAGGAUAUCUAAUAUUCCAGUCAACUAUUUCACAAUCAAAACCAUUGAUGCGGUAGCUGGGGCCAUUGGUUAUGUGAAAGAGAUUGAAUGGGAUCCGGAGAAACCAUUAUUACAAAACUAUGUCAGAGUCCAAAUUAUUAUGGAUCUCAGCCUCCCUGUGCGUGAGAAGAAGAGCCUAACACUACCGAAAGGAGGUGGCACUGCUAUGAUAGAUGUUGAGUACGAGAGGAUUAGGAAAAAGUGCUUUCAUUGUUUCAGACUAUCACAUGAGAAGCAAGCUUGCCCUUUUUUAAAAGGCACACGAUCGGUGAAAGGCAAAGAUAUCGAGAAGCAACAGGGAGUUAACCUUCAACGUCUGUCUCAACGACAACAUAACUAUACGUUGUCUAAGGAUAUCAUGCCUCUGCUUGCUCCGUCAAUCCCCCCGGGUUUUGAACCACCAACUGGCUUGAUAGCUCCGGAAGUGUUUGAACAGAUGCAGUUAUACAUGAACUGCACUGACCCUGAAGAGAGGAGAAUAAGGGAAUUCAGAAUGAAGAAAGCACUUGAUGAGUUAUCAAGAGACUCCAUAGCUCAAAGAGCAGGGUUGAGGAUGGAAGAUGCUCCAACGAUUUCCAAAAGUAUGAACAAGGACAAGGGACUGGUGUUUGAUUUCAGCAAAGUUCAGGAUCAGCCCAUUCAUGAUGUUGCAGAAUCUUCUAGUCAUACUGAGGGACAUAGAAAACGCCUUAAUACUGGAAACGCCUUAACGGUAGUUUCGAAACAGAGACAUGAAGUGCAUACAGAGCCAAGAUUUGUUGGUGAUCGUGUUCAAAUCAGCGAUCAACCGCAUGGAACACAACAAGAUGAAGGAGAAACUUUCGGUCUAACCUCAGUUCCAGCCUUUGGAGGGUUUGAAAUUGGUAGUGGUGGAGUUGAUGCGGCUGUGAAGAGAAGCUGA